GUUUUACAACGGUGCUGAAAAUCUGUAAGCCGUGGAGGGACAAACGCUACGGCGUUUCAAAAAUGAUUACUUAACACAAGAAACCGCCUGUUUGUCAAUACGCUUUGUUCCAGUUGGGGAUCCGUAGCGCGAUACUGUUAACCUCGUGGUUUGCCGUAGGAAUCUCAAGGUAAUAGCAAAGAGCCUCUGGCUUGCUUGGCUAAUACAAAUUUAUUUAUUUUACAAAUAAAAUGAGUGGAAAGAAAACAGACGGGCGAUCAGGUGGUGUCAUGGGAUGGAUAAGCUCAGCUUGCCGUUUCGCGGCGGACAGAAAUGAUUUCAGAAGGAAUCUCCUUGUAAACCUGGGUUUAUUCGCAGCGGGUGUUUGGGUCGCAAGAAACCUUUCAGAUUUUGACUUGAUGUCUCCUCAGCCAGUCACGUAGUUCCCACUCCGCAAAAAUUGACUUUAACAGGUGAAAUAACAAAUCUUGAAAGCAUUAUUCACUCCAAAACAUCUAAAAUAGAUACGUGUCUUAACUCCUUCAUUUUGUCUUUUCAGGAUAGGUGAUGGUGAAAUGGAAGAACAUACAUUUUCUACCGAGGGCCUUGUAGAAGAAGCCCAUUCAACACUGAAGGGAAUAAGUCUAAGCUAUUGGAUGAUCACAACUGUACAUUUCUUCUGUGCAUUCAUUGCAUUUUGUUGAAAUAAAUCUCACCGUGAAUCA